CAUUACUGGAAGUCGGAAGUAGAAAAGUUCUGAUUCUGAGAGAGGUUUAGAUUUUCUCUGCAAAAAGCUGAAUUUGACCAGCUGCGGGCAAUUCUGUACUUAGUUUCUGUUCUGACGAAGUUGCUGCAAUAGCGUAUAGUACGAUGCCAGCUUGAAGUAGUUAUGGAGAAUGGAUAUGUAUAUAACUGGACUGGAUUGCAAACGAUAAAACAAGAUUAACAGAUAACGCGUUAUAAUACUUCACCCGUAAUCUAUCAAUUUAUCAUCUGCAUCAUAUUUGCAUAUAAUAUUUAUCGAUAUCUGUUAAUGAACUGCAAAUGUGGCUAUGAUCUCCAGCCUGUUCUAUCAUCAUAACAGCCACUGAUAAACCCUGGAAAUAUAGAAAUAUCAAACAAUGUACAAACAUCUGAAGGAUUUUUGCAGCUUUUGUUGGAAUCGGCUUAUAAACAAACAAGAGAUAGAGGAUUUUUUGUUAAGUUUUGAAUGUGUUUAAGAUAGGUCUAGGUAAUACCUUACUUAAAAAUACAAAAAAAGGCUAUCUGCAAAGGUGAGACAAUUUUAAAACGUUUUUUUGUGACUCUUUAAAUUCGAAUAAUCGUUGAAUGCAAAUGAAGGAAAAAGAAAUACAAAAAUAAGUUUGAUGUAAUGCAAACCUGGAAGGCAUUACUCUCUGCAUUGACUACAGCAGUGUUAAGCCUGUUGUCCUAUUGAUCCGAGUGUCGUUUAAACAACUCGUAAUCUGUCGAGUGAAUUCUGUAGCAGUAACAUACUGUGACCCGCCUUCACGGAAAAAUAUAUCAGCUCGAAUUAAUGCCGCUGAAUCUGCAUGAUUUUCUUGGAGUUACAAGUUGCUGAAAAUUUUCCUCGUUUUGUAACUAGCGAUAUAAUGGAGGCUGGAACAUGACUGGCGUUGGAUUGAGGACUUUAAGUACUGGAACAAGAUUAACCAGUGGAACUGGAAGCAUGUAACCUAGGUUCUACUGGAAGUAAACAAAAGGUGAAUUGAGUUACCUUCCAUGAAAGCUUGGAAAGGAAAAAGAAUAUAGAAGAACAAUGUCGUUUCAUUGGCAGAAACUCAGUCCUGCAGAGUUUCAUCAGCUUCAAGAAUAUACAUCAUAUUCUAACAAGAAGUUGAAGGAUGUACUUGAAGAAUUUAACAACAACGGUGUAUUGUCCAAGUACAACCCAGAGGAGCCCAUUGACUAUGAGGGAUUUCGUCUUUUUAUGGAGACUUACCUUGAUGCAGACAUUGGGGAAGAUCUAUGUGGACAUUUAUUCUUGUCAUUUAACAAAAAGUCUCCAACUGCCCUCCUUCCUCCAGGGGGCGGUAACAAAGAGUUAAGUGUGAGGGACGUUGCCGCGGUAGCCUCUCAGACUGUUUGUGCGCCGAUCACUCAUCAGACUACAGAGAUUCAUGUUGAUGGUAAACAAGAGAGAAGUGGCUUAGCGGAAAAACUUCAUGGAAUUACAGAAAAAUUACACAGCCUCGGCCAUAGUGGUGAUAAAGGUAUGGCCUCAAACCCUGCCAUAGAGAAAGCUCAAUCCAGUGAAAAAGAAUACGAUGCUUCAAACCACUCAAGAUCUUCGUCCAAGAAAUCCGAUCAUAGUAUCCACAGUGUACAUAAUGGUAUGUGUAAACCACUAACUGAAGGGGGUGACCCUUGGAUUCGUCAGUCCAAUCCAUCACUUAUUAAAACCAGUGUAAUUAAGGACAAUAAGCAGAUUUUUCGUUCGAACAGUAUGGAGAUCAGAACUGGACACAUAUAUCUCAAAGAUUUGGUGUGUUACUUGUCGUUGCUGGAGGCAGGAAGGCCGGAGGAUAAAUUGGAAUUUAUGUUUCGCCUUUAUGAUGCGGAUGGUAAUGGACUUCUAGAUUCCUCAGAACUGGAUUGUAUAGUGAAUCAGAUGAUGUCUGUUGCAGAAUACCUCGGCUGGGAUGUUUCAGAGCUCAAACCUAUAUUACAAGAUAUGAUGAUAGAAAUAGACUAUGAUUCGGAUGGUACUGUUACACUCGAGGAAUGGAAAAGAGGGGGGAUGACUACUAUUCCACUUCUUGUUCUUCUUGGGCUAGAUACAAAUGUGAAGGAUGAUGGAACCCAUGUAUGGAGACUGAAGCAUUUCAACAAACCAGCGUAUUGUAACCUUUGUUUGAAUCUCUUAGUUGGCCUUGGGAAGCAAGGCUUGUGUUGUACAUUUUGUAAAUACACAGUUCACGAGCGUUGUGUACAUCGUGCUCCCGCAUCUUGCAUCACCACAUACGUGAAAUCUAAAAAGACUUCACAGCAGCCUACACAGGUGAUGAAUCAUCAUUGGGUUGAGGGCAACUGUUCUGGAAAGUGUGACAAGUGUCAUAAAUCUAUAAAAUCUUACAAUGGUGUCACAGGACUUCAUUGUAGAUGGUGCCACCUUACACUACACAAUAAAUGUGCGUCUCAAGUAAAACCAGAAUGUGAUUUAGGGCCAUACCGGGAACACAUACUGCCCCCAACUGCAAUAUGUCCUGCUGUCCUGGAUCGCAAGACAGGAGAGAAGAGGGUGUUAACGCGGACAGAUUCCGCAGUUUUUGAUGGCUCUGCUGGUCAGAGUUCAUUUCAGAUAAGUCCAGUUGAUAAUGCUCAUCCAUUGUUAGUGUUCGUGAAUCCAAAGAGUGGUGGGAAACAGGGUAGUAAAAUAAUGCGUAAAUUCCAGUAUCUACUAAAUCCACGACAGGUGUAUGAUCUGAUGAAAGGUGGACCCCAAGUCGGGUUACAGUUUUUUAAAGACAUAAAACAUUUCCGAAUACUUGUAUGUGGUGGUGAUGGUACAGUUGGCUGGCUGUUAGAGGCAAUGGACAAGUUGAACUUUGACCCCCAGCCUCCUGUUGCAGUGUUACCUCUGGGUACAGGAAAUGACCUGGCUAGAUGUUUACACUGGGGUAGAGGUUAUGAGGGUGAAAGUCUACACAAGGUGUUGGACCGAAUACUGCGGGCAGAAACAAUACUGAUGGAUCGCUGGCAGAUAGAGUUCAGUAAACCCGAGGAUGGUGAGGAAGAACAAGGAGACCCUGUACCCUACAAUAUCAUCAAUAAUUACUUCUCUAUUGGAGUGGAUGCCUCAAUAUGUCAUAGAUUUCAUGUGAUGAGAGAGAAACAUCCGGAAAGAUUUAAUAGCAGAAUGAAAAACAAGUUAUGGUAUUUUGAAUUUGGAACGUCGGAAACUUUAGCAGCCACUUGUAAAAAUUUACAUGAAGAUAUUGAUAUCAUGUGUGAUGGUUACUCAUUAGAUUUAGCAAAUGGUCCGUCACUGGAAGGUAUAGCAUUAUUAAACAUACCCAGCAUUUAUGGCGGAACAAAUCUAUGGGGAGAUAAUCCUAGCCAAAAGAAGAGAAAAAAAGCUCAGAAACAAAUGAAGAGAGAUAAAGAUAAAGAGUUGUCUACCAGUAGUAUGUCUUCAAUAGAGCUUGGCAUCGCAGUUCAAGAUGUUGGUGAUAAGCAGAUUGAAGUUGUUGGUUUAGAGAACUCUAUGCAUGCAGCACAGGUGUAUGCCGGGCUUCGAGCUUCGGGAAAACGUCUUGCUCAGUGCUCCUCGGUUGUCAUCAGAACUCGGAAGAGAUUUCCAAUGCAGAUAGAUGGUGAGCCGUGGAUGCAGCCACCUUGUACUAUCUCGGUGACACACAAGAAUCAAGUCCCUAUGAUGAUUGGCCCUCCUUCCAGAAAGAAAUCCUCUAUAUUUAAACUUUUCAAGAUUUAAUGACUGUAUCUCCUUGACCUGCAGUUGCUCAUCUGUUCUCAUUACAGACUACAAACAUACUCACAUCUAUAAAUACCAGCCAAUCAACUUCAGGGAAAACUUUCACUUCAUGUCACAUGGUUUCUAGUGACCAAUCAAUAUGCUUUAUAAAACUUUGUUGUUUUCUUUUUUUGAGAUCUUGUGUACUUUUUUAUAUUGAUGUACAUUUUCUUUUGUAAAAUGGUUUUAUCAUUAAUACACAUUUAGUAUAAAAUGUUAGUACUGUACAAUGUAUAUGUAGGAAAUGUGUACUCGUACAAAAAAUGUAUAUGUCAAUGACAUUCAUUAGGUAGUAGCUUUGAUGUAAGCUAUUUUAUAGAGUGGGUGUAUGUUACUAUGUAAAAUGCAAUAUAUUGAAUAUUUUCUUUUGUCGUUUGUUAUUUAUUUGUUAACAGCAUACAAUUUUAAAUAAUAUUGAGUUGUUUUUUUAUAUAUUUGUUGAUACUUUUAAAGUUGUGAAUUGUUACAUGGUGUGUUUCUAGAUAAUGAAAUGCAUAUACAUUUUAAGCAGACGUGACUGUUCAAAUAAAGUGCUGCUAUUUAUAGACAUUGCUAGCAAUAUAUACAGUCUGUAUUGAUUAGGUUUUACACAAGUUCCUGUAGGAAACACAUGAAAACAAAUCUUAACAAUUUUCAUAAAAGGAUUUGAAUGGCUUUUUUUUCUUAUAUUUUCUCCCAGUUUUAAUAUUUAAGUUCUAUACCGUGACAUAUUUCCCCUACAUUUUGAAUUUCAUCCUCGAAUUUCAGCGGAUACUUUAUAUGAGCCGUGCCAUGGGAAAACCAACAUAGUGGGUAUGCGACCAGCAUGGAUCCAGACCAGCCUGUGCAUCCGCGCAGUCUGGUCAGGAUCCAUGCUGUUCGCUAAUAGUUUCUCCAAUUCCAAUAGGCUUUAAAAGCGAACAGCAUUAAGCCUGACCAGACUGCGCGGAUGCGCAGGCUGGUCUGGAUCCAUGCUGGUCGCAUACCCACUAUGUUGGUUUUCUCAUGGCACGGCUCAUUAUAUAAACAACUACAGGCAUCGUAGACUAACCCGUGUAAUGCUGCACAGCUCCACGUUGGGCGCUAAAUGUCACAGGGUGAGAAAAAUGUUCAGUCAGUCUGGGGCUCGAACCCGGGACCCCUCGCUUACAGGGCGAGUGCUCUACCAACUGAGCUAACCGGACUGCCUACACACUUUCAUCCCUAUUUUAAUAUUUAAGGUCUAUACGGUGACAUUAGCUCUACUGGUAGAAGUUUACAGAUUUUGGGUAAAAACAGAUGUUCUUGAUUUUAGAUUAUUUAAUUUUUUAUGAAUUUUGUGGGGGUAAGUACUAAAGAACUAAUUUUAUAUAGGUCGUAAACUUAGUUGCUUUACUAUUUACAUGCCAGCACAGUAUGUCCAAAAAAAUAGUACCUCUGUCCUGUAGAAAGUUACUAAAUAUAAGUGGCCAAAGUGUGUAAUAUGUAUUUGUAUAGGUCUGAAUAAUACUGCUGAGAAAUCCUUUGCAUGUGAGUAAUAAAAAGGGAGAUAAUUAAAAAGUUUCAAACAAAUGACACACUCUCUUUGAUAAAGACCAAUAUAAUAGCACUAAAUGAAACAUUAUCAUAGAUGAAAAACUGGCUUAUAUUGUACUGGCUGGCUUUUUACACUUGACAGUUUUUUGGCAGUAUUUUACUUUUUAGGAUGUCUGCUAGACAACUGGGAAGCAUAUUAAUGUUAGAACUUUUGGAGGUCACUUUCGCAUACAUACUUAAAGCCAAAAUCCCCUGAUAGGGCCCGUUACAAAAGAACUAACUCAGUGUUACAAGAUAACCACUUGCCAAAAGCUACGAACUGAAAGCUUAAAUUCCCUAAUAAGGCCACUUGCAAGAGAACCCCUUGCACAUGGGUACUGAAAGCAAACAUCCUCUGAUUAGGCCCCUCACAAGCGAAUACAGACGGCAGAAAUGCCUAGACAUAAUGAUAACCCAGCGCCAUGGUAAAUACAUUAAAUAUAAAUUUUUAAUUAAAUUUUAUUCCAAUUUUGACAAGAUUUUGAAUAUAUUUAUAGUGUUCCUAGGUGGUCACAGGUCUUAACUUUGGUCAGAAAAGUUAAAUCGGUGAAAUAAAUUGUCAACCUCGUCCGUGUGUCUAGUUAAUUUUGCCAACCGGUAUUGACAUGAGCAGUGUUUACAGAGGCUGCGGUUACUGUUGGCAAUAUUUACUUCAAAUGUUGAAGAAUAUAGAAAUGUUUAAUUGAUAAUUUUUCAGAUAAUGCUUAUAUGAUUUACUGGUCACAACCACACCUACCAACUGACUAUGUUAUCAAAAAAAGAAAUACAUACACAAGAUUUCAUUUAACAAAAAUGCCAAAAAUUGUUGCAGUCAAAAUAUAUUUAAUAAAAAAAGUGUAUUUUUCAUGCAUACUGUUAUUAACCACAUCUUGCUAAACCAUUUUAUUAAGAGAUUAUUUUGUCAUUUGAAACUGUAGGCAACUAAAUAGAAUGUGGCUCAUACUUAAUUCAGAAUAUAACAGCAGUGUGGGUAAGAAAAUGGCAGCUUAGAUUAGAAAUAGACAAAUUGUUUGUUAGUUAAUCAUAUGGAUAAAAAUUAUAUGGACUAGUUACAGCCAUUUCCGUACAAGGUUAUUUGAUGGACAAAAAUAUAUGAACCAUGUGAAGAGUUGUAAUAAAAUUUCGAUUUCACUUCAUGAACCAUUGUUCAUGGUCCAGCCAUUAUUGAAGGUUCACAGAUGUCACAAUCAGCACAUCAGUAAUAACUGCCUUGCAGUAUCAGAUUUAAGGAUUGUUGCAAGAUGGCAGUAACUAUAGGCUUGUUCUGAAAGUGAUAUACCAGUAAUAUAUAAGUUGAAGUAGUAACAAUCACUGAAUCUCCUACUUUUGAAUACUUUUCAUGUUUCAAUGUUCGUAGUGCUUUUAUAUAAUUGACUUCUUAAUCCAGUAAUUUUUGUUUAUAAAACUUGUACAUUAAUUUCAUUGCACUAAAUUGAUACAAGAAUUUGAAAUAGUGAACAUUACUUUUGUAGAAAAAAAAUUGCUUUCUUUAACAUAAUUAUAGUCGCUAUGUUAAUAUUAAACAAACAACUCCAUGCUUCUAGUUUCAUUGCACAUUUUGGCAUGUCAGUGUUUUACUGAAAUAUAAUAAUAGAUUUUGUUCAAGUUAUCUCCUUGUUUUUCAGUAUGUUUUUUCUACAAUUAUGUGGAAUCAGCUUCUUUUUGGACAUUUCCUGUUUUUGAUCAAAAAGAUAGUUUUGUAAAGACUUCAUUCUGUAUAUUACUCUGUUUAAAGGUAUACACUUCUUUGUGUUAAAGAAAAUCGAAAAAAUGUUAAGGACAUUUUUACUUUUUGGUAGAAACAUUGUGAUGUCUUGAUGCUGAUUUUGUGUUGAACAAGUAAAAUUUGGUAAAAACCUGAGUUGUUGAUCUUUCUGAAGGAAAUAGUCCUGCUUUUUUUUUUUGGCAAAGUUUGUGCAGGUUCUUAAAGACAAUUAAAAACAUAAUUUUUUCUGUACUGGUACUGAUGAUAAACCCGGACAGAUGAUAAAGUCGACCACCUUGGAAAUAUCCGAUUGCAAUCGGUUAUUUAUAAAAUUGAACACACAAUCUAAUAGUUUCCACUUACAACACCAACUGGUGUAAACAAAAACAAAAUUGGUAAAUAUUCUGUAUAGAUAAAUGACUUACAUAAAUUUGUAUAAAAAAUAUUUAUCCAAAAUUACUGGGGAAGAGGGUGUUUUUUUGCGCAUGCUCACUGUCAAAGCAUGAAGGCCUGACAUUUGUUAACUUUUCAUAAUACUUGAUCAGGAAUGACUGUUGCAGCUUUUUGUGGAAGGUUUCAAUAUAAUUAUACCAAGAAAAUUUUGUAAAUGACAAAGUGUUCGAAUUUAUCAUCAGUCAACGUUCAUACAGUCCCCUUUUUACAUACCCCUUUCAGGCACUCACUUCGUGUGAGUUUGCUUACUAAAUAUAAAUUUGAAUUAUGUAAAGUUUUCAGCAAAGGUUAAGCUUUAUUUUGAUACCGGCCAUUGAUUUCAAUUUGCAGAAAUAAAAAAGUUACAGGUAAAAAACCUCAUUUUCUGUUCGGGUUUAUCAUCAGUACCAGUAUUUAAUUGUAAUAGUCUCUUUAAAGUUUAAUAUUUUUAAUGCAAGGUUUCUUUUUAAUAGUACACUUGUUGCAUUACUUUAUCAUCUUUCAAACAGUGUUAAAAGUUUUUUUUUGUUUUUUUUUUCUUUUGUACUAUGAGCAGUUCAGUUUAAUGUACAGAAUUAUUAUGUUGACUGUCCAUUGUCAACAUAAACUUGAGAAAUAUUAAAAGUUGAUGUUUUUAUAAAUUUGAAGCAGCCCUGCAUGCUGUAUUAAAUUUUUACUCUGCACAGUUUGUUCUCAAUGAACAUUUUAUAUAACUAUUUUAUAGUUCUGGCAGCUAUUGUAUGACAUUACUUGCGGCCAUGUUUCAGAGUUAACCCGUGGUCGUGAUUUUGGAUGUUUUGUUUUUCUUUUUUUUGAAAUGUACAUCUUUCUUAAAAUAGUUCAUUUACAAAUUUUUUAUCUUGUGUACUUGAAGCAAUUUUUGCGUUACCAGAUUCUGCAUGAGAUGGAAAGUUGCUAGAGCAGAACAUUUGUUAUGUAUUUGGAAAAAAGUAGUUCUCUCAUGAACCAAACAACUACAACAUUUUAGCACUAUUUUCAUGUCACUCAUCGGGUGUUACCUGAUUGCAAUUUCACUUAUGGGUGCUGUAACCUUGCUACGAGUUAAGGUAACGAUUUUAAAGCAUACAAGGCAGCAGUGGGCUUUUCUUUCUGGUUAAUUUAUCGAGUGUAACGACCCAACCUCAACAAAUAUUUGUUAUUGUGCCCCACUUAAGUUUUAUUUAUGACCAAAUCUUCAGUUACUUCUUACCAUUACUUGUAUGGCAACAUUUGUAUAUACUACUUCUUACUCCUAAAUGUAUGACUACAUCUGCAUAAACGUCUUAUAUCUUAAUUGUGUGACUACAUCUGCAAGUAGGAUUUCUUAAUCCAUAAAUGUAUGACUACAUAUGCAUUAGAUAUGACUUAAUGUACAUCUGUAGCCACAACAAUUUAAGUGUAUGACUACAUCUGUAUUUAACUACUUCUUACUCAACAUCUUUAAUUUGUGACUACAUCUGCAUAAGCUGCAUAAGGAUUUUUUAUCCAUAAAUGUAUGACCACAUCUACAUAAGGAAUUUAUAUCGAGAAAUGUGUGACUACAUCUGCAUAAGGAAUUCUUACCCAUACACAUAUGACUACAUCUGCAUUAACAACUUCUUACCCAAUAUCUGCAUAAACAACAUCUUAUCUACAAAUGUGUGACUUCAUCUGCAUAUAGAACUUCUUACAAUGUUAUGACUACAUCUGCAUUGACUACUUACUCUACAUCUGUUAUCUUUAAAUGCGCGACUACAUCAGCAUAUAGAAAUUCUAAUCUAUAAAUGUAAGACUACAUCUGCUGUUACCUUUCUUUAGUUGUAGCUGUUUAACACAUCUUUUUUGUGCCACCUACGAGAAUAUGUAAGCUAUAAUUAAAAUGCCAGUUUCUACCUGAAAAUUUGUUGGAUCAUUUCCUGUUUGAGUUAAUUAAACAUCGCCUAGCCUCAGACCAGUUAUGGUGAAUUUGAUAUCCAACAUUAUGCUUGUAGUUUAACGUGCAGUUUAUUUGUAGUAAUAAUUUGAACAUUUUUACUCUAUCAAGUGCUAUCAGUUACUUCGCUGGUUGUGUAAAAUUGAUACAUUUUAUGCUUGCUCACAGCUAGUUUUUUGGUAGUAGUGUUUUACCUUUUUGUAAUAUUCAAACAUGACCUUUUGACCGUAUGGAGAAAAAAUAUUUGGCAGUGCCAUGUGUUAUAAUGUUCAUUUUUAUUAUAUUUUGUUGUAAGCAGAUUAUAUAAUGGUAUCAGAUUAGAUAGCUACAUGGACAGUUUUCAUUAUUUCAAAAUUGAGCUGCGCCGUGAGAAAAUCAACAUAGUGGCUUUGCGACCAGCAUGGAUCCAGACCAGCCUGCGCAUUCGUGCAGUCUGGUCAGGAUCCAUGCUGUACGCUUUCAAAGCCUAUUGCAAUUAGAGAGACCAUUAGCGCGUAUGCGCAGGCUGGUCUGGAUCCAUGCUUGUCAGAAAGCCACUAUGUUGGUUUUCUCAUGGCACUGCUCAAUUAUAGAAUACUUUCAUGUAGGUUAUAUGUGCUUAUAUUUACAAGAUAACUCUCAAUAUAAGACAAGUUUAUUUCAUCUUAACAAACUUUAUGUAUGUAUAUGUUGAAGAUUGCUAAAUAAAUUAAAAAAUAUAUGGCA